AUGUCCUCUCAGUUGUCUGGCACACAACCAGUGAAUAGGCUUCAUACCUUGAUUUCUUCCACAACUCUUGACUAUUUAGGCCGUACUCGUCCGAGGCGUAAUGGUAAUGAGCCUCUUAAAAGGUUUGCAGAAGCAAAAAAAGCUAUUGGAGAUAUAUUUGGACGACUGGAAACAAAUGUGAAGGAAUUGUAUGCAUACUACUGCGAUGUUUCUGAAAACGGAGAUGUUGUUCCUGCCGAAAGGAUGCAGGAAGUGAAGAAGUUUGAGGAUAGUUUAGCUACCAUUAGAGAAAUGUUUCUGCGAGAUAAUAUGAAAGUCGUUUUUUUUGGAAGAACAAGUAACGGGAAGAGUACAGUAAUUAAUGCAAUGCUUCAUUCGAAAGUUCUACCUCAAGGGAUGGGGCAUACAACUUGUUGUUUUCUUCAGGUAGAAGGUAGUGCCGAUGAUGAAAAAUACAUCAUGUCAGAGGAUGGUCAGAGGUUUGAACUUGAAGAAUUGAACAAACUUGGUCACGCCAUGAGCGACGACAAUGCUACGUUACCCACUUUAGGACAAGAUUCACUUUUAACUGUUUAUUACCCAAAGUCUUCUUCACGUUUGCUACAGAACGAUGUUGUGUUUGUUGACAGUCCUGGAGUUGAUCUUUCACCAGAAUUCGACUCCUGGAUCGACAAGCAUUGUCUGGACGCUGAUGUUUUCGUACUUGUAUGUAAUGCUGAGUCAACGCUUACGCAGGCGGAGAAGAAUUUUUUUCAUCGUGUCAGUAUGAAACUAAGUAGACCUAAUAUAUUCAUACUUAACAAUCGUUGGGACGCAAGUGCUUCUGAAGUGGAGCAUAUUAAUCAGGUGCAAAAAGAGCAACAUCAAAUGAGAUUCAAGCAGUUUCUUGUCGACGAGUUGAUGGUGUGUAAUGAAGUGGAAGUUAAAAACCGAGUUUUCUUUAUUUCCGCUCGUGAAAUGUUGGAAUCCAGGCUGAAGGCUCUUGGAGUAAUAAGCAGAGCGUAUCAACUGGAGGGGCACCAGCUUAGGACGAUUGAAUUCAACAAUUUUGAGGCGCAAUUUGAGCAAGUAAUUUCAAAGUCAGCUAUCAACACGAAAUUUGAGGCUCACGUAAGACGAGGGCGUGAAAUUGUGGAAGCUUUAAGAGCAAAUCUAGAUUCUGUGAAAAUUUCUGCAUUAGAGAAAAGAGAUCAGGAAGAAAAAUUCUCCGUUAACGAGGCUGCAUUCAAACAGUGUUUACAAAACUGGAACGAGUUUGAAAAGAAUUUUAUAACGGAGGCUCGUAAACUUCAGUUUGAAGUACAAUUGAAAGUAUCUGCGGAUUUCGCUGAAGAAAUAAGUAACCUUGGAAAAAUUAUAGACGGGUUUGAAUAUAAAUUUGUGGACGAUCCUGAAUCAAUCAAAGUUUUGACUGAAUUCGUGGAUGGCGCUAUUGCCGAAGAUUUACAGAAACAAUGUAUACUCGGUUUGAUGGAGAGAAUCAGAAGUCUUGAAAAGGAUGUUUACGAUCGGAUUCAUAGUAUUUUGGCUGAGCCUUAUGUCCAGAAGUUUGAAGAGGCUUGGCGGUACCGCUUGCCAUUUCAGUUUUCUGUUUCGGUUAACUGCCAGUCAUUGAUGGAUGAUUUUGCUGAAGAUUUAGAGUUUCGGUUCUCUUUAGGGCUUACUUCUUUGGUUCGUCGACUAGUAGCCUACGGUUUAGGGCAGCCCGUAACGGCUGUAACUAAUCAACGUUUGAGUGACCAACUGGUAUUAAACCAUGUUAUUAUCUUAGAAGGUACUUUAGCAGAUGCUCCCGAAAAUGCACUAAUUGCCAAAGUUAUACUUUCAUCUUCUAGUUACCUUGCACAUGGAGGCCUUAGCCUUUUCCUUCUUGGCGGCCUGGUCUACAAGACAGUGGACUGGCGUUUGAUACUGUGUGGUGGUUUAGUGUAUGGUGGGUUAUAUGCUUUAGAAAGAUGGCGAUGGAACUCUGGUGCUAAGGAACAACAUCUUAAGGACCAGUUCAGAUCUCAUUUGGCUGAAAGGAUGCGUGGUGUCUCAUCAGCUCAUACAGCCCUUUCCGUUUCACAAGUUGUUCGUGAAAUGGAGCAAGUCUACAAGGGCUUGAAAAGCACAAUUGGGGGUGUGCACCGAGAAAUGAAAUCUGCAUUAGAUGGAGAACGAGAAAAGAUUUCUAAAAUUGAUGGAGUCGUCAAAGGACUUAGCACCAUCAAAGGGAAAACUUCUUUUCUUAAUACCGAUUUCGAUAAAUUUGUGGACAAUUUUCUUAAAUCGGACGUGCCCGUAUUGCAACUUUAA